AGAAAGCAAUGUGACAGUACGAUAAUAAAAACAUACUUUUGUUCCUUGUUCUUUAAAUAAAACUUUAAUUACAAUGGAAUCUUACGAUGAAACGUAUAAAGCUAUAUGUCGUGUAUGUCUAAAUUUCGGAAACAGUAAAAGUAUGGUGUCCUUAAUUGAUGAUAAAGUUAGAAAUGGCAUAAGUUAUUAUGGCAUAGCUGUGCAACAUUUUGCAAACAUUUCGAUUGAUAAACACGACAAUUUACCUUCAGUUAUGUGUAUUAAGUGCUUAUCUCUUUUGAAACAAGCGAUUCGAUUUAAAUUGAUGUGUGAAUCUAGCGAUAAAAGUCUAAAAGAAAUGGUAAAAAUUAUUGGAGACGAUGUAGAAAAAAUACGAGGAAAUGUUAUUGAAUAUGCAAUGUUUAAGUUUUAUUUCCCUCAAGAAUUAAAAACUACGCAUAAACACGUAAAAACUAAUCGCGAAAAGCAAAAUUUAAUAAAUUCAGUCAAAGAAAGUAAUGUUAUGUCAGAACAAGUUAACGAUGAUGUUGACUCUGGGGAUUGUUUUAAUAAUAUACAAACUGAUACAGAAAAGGAGUCAAAAAACGAUGAUGAUUUAUUAAAUAAAAUGGAGAAAUUAAUAGGAAAAACGUCUUUUAAUAGCUCAAUUCAAGUAACUAAAAUGUUCAAGAGAAAACAUUUACAAUUAAAAAGGAAACUUAUGAUGAGACAAAAAAUGUUAAAAAUCAAAAAAGCUAAUGAAGAGAGGAAAAAUAAAAAAUUUGUUUGUAAUAUUUGCAAUAAAGUUCUCGCAAACCAAAGUACUUAUGAACAUCAUUUGCAAAGGCACAAUGGAUGCAGAUACAUCUGCGAACAUUGCGGUAAAGGAUUUCCCGUGAAAAACGAACUUUCUAUUCACCAAGUAACCCGUCACGGUACGGGACCUUACCUACAAUGCUCGCACUGUCCAUUCAAAGCGCCUAGAAGAUUCGAUUUGAUCGAACACGAACGACUACACACUGGAGAGAGACCAUACACGUGCGAAAAAUGCGGUCUUACGUUCAGGAGACGUGGUAUUUGGAAAAAACAUCUUAUUUACCACAUGGAGAAAAAGGUUCAAUGUCCUCAGUGUCCGAGGAAAUUUUUCCAGAGGAGUGAAAUGUUGGCACACGCUAAUAAUAUACAUGAUAGGGUCUAUGUGUAUGUGUGUGACAAGUGCGGUGCGACUUACGCUAAAUCUACAACUGUUCGACGUCAUCUGACUGAACGGCACGGUAUACCAAGGGAGCAGCAGGGGAAAAUUAUAAGGGUCAAUAAAGGUAGUGCUCAAGAACAAUAAAAUAUAUAUCAAAAUAUUGAGACAAUUGAUGUUAGAAAUCUACGUAAACUCAAUUUCUAAUAAUUUAUGUUUAGAAGAAUAUCCAAUCAUUAAUGUCUUCAUAUUUUGUUUGUACUACGCUAACGUUACUUGGUGAAGUGAAAAUUUUAUCCAAUUUUUUUUUAAUAAUUUGAACUGUACUAAUUAUCGAUAAUUUCCUCUUGAACAUUUUUUUUUCAAUGACGUAACUCAAGAAGUGAGUGUAACUUUCGUUUGUAAUUUUAAAUAAAACAUUUCUAAAAAUA